AUUGUCUACGUGUGAACGAGCUGGCAAAGAAUAUUAAACCCCUUUUUGGUCAAAUAAAAAAACGUGUAAACAUAAAUCUUUUGGUAAUAAAAAUCAAAACCAAAAUAUUAUCCAAUUUGUCUCCAUCCUUCCGUUUUUUUUUUCCAUUACCGUACGCCGAAGAAUCUGCCCCAAGAAGUUUAAAGGUAUUGAUGGAACAACCGAGGAACAACAAGACCUCUCAAGAACAAGCUCGUGAAUCGCUCAUCGAAAUCUCCUACACUUCACCCGAGGAAGACGAGGUUAUAACCUACUCAGAUGUGAAGCCUGUCACCUAUAUCUCAAACGGAAGUGCCAAAGGAAACAAAGAUGAUGCGGAGAAGCUCAGAGAUGAGCUGAUUUCGAUAUCCUACGACGAGUCACCGUCGCCUUCACCGGAUGUGGAUGUAGCUGUUUCGCCGACCCUGCCGAACGGUGUAUGUCGUGGAUAGGAAGUUAAUGUACAGCUUGAAGAAGUCUUUACUUUCUUAUGCAAAAGACUUUUGGUUUGGUCUAAAAGUUGACCAUUGUUAUAUGUUAACGUUUCUUCCUUAACUAUAUGAUUGAAAAUCAAUGAAGUUUCUUUUAUUGUGUGCUUGUUUGACCUGUCUUAUAUAAAGUUAAAAGCUCUGAUGAGUCUC